UGACCUUCAUGUUGGCCGCACUUUUGCGACCUCUACCGCUGCGGUCUGUGGCUCGGCGUUCUUUCACUGUCUCUUUUCCUCGGUCGGCGGGGAAGCUCCCAGAUGUAGCAAAUCCUCACGAAACAUUCGACGCGUCGCCUUCCCCCGCGGCACCUCUGCAUGCAUACCCCACUGAACCCUCCGGUGCCAUGGAUGUCGGCCAAUACAUGUCCACGGUUUCUCAGGAUAUCUCCAAGCGCGCUGAACUCUCCGACAUAGUACCAGUAGGGCCGCUAAGGAAAGAACGAGUCAUCCCGCAUCGCCUGCACUGUCAUUCGACAAACAGAAAUACCAUCAAUACUUUUACGGAUCCCAACGGGAACACUAUUUCAUGGUUUUCCGGCGGUUCAUGUGGGUUCAAAAAACACAACCGCUCGUCGUAUGAGGCAGGGUACCAAUGCGCUGUGCGGAUGUUCGAGAGCAUGGCUCCUGUUUUGACGCAGGGAGAAGGGGUCAAGGUGGAUCUGUUCUUGAAGGGCUAUGGUCAGGGGCGAGACGCGAUGCUCAAGGCGCUCAUGACGGAACAAGGAGAAAAAGUACGAGGCAAUGUAGUGUCCAUCACGGACCGCACUCCCAUCAAGAUUGGAGGAACGCGGUCAAGAAAGAUGAAGAGACGGUAGACGCCGUCCUGCGGCCGCUCAGAAAAGUACUUCUAUACUCUAUAGCUUUGCUGUCGGCUCGAAGUGCGCGUCGCUGCUGUACUUCAAAUACGCCUCUCGCUGCAGCGAAUUGAAUCCGACGCGUUUGUCCAUCUCUAUGUCUUCUAUCAAUGCUUCUGUUCCAAUGUUAGCAUUCGAGAAUCCAGUUGUGUGUGUCAUCUACCCCUAGAUGUAUAAUCAAGCUCUGGCCGAAUGUAGCCCAGCACGAUGGCUUUCAUCUCAUAGCCAUAGAAGUCGGAGUGGUAUUCGUGCAUGAUGUGAAUUUCCUGUGUAUUGAAUUCACGCGACCCUCUGGCACGCAGAUAAACAAGACUCACGGCUGUGAGGCGCUCGUUUUUAUAGAAUGGAUUCCAUCCAAGGCUCAUAACCAUGGGCUGCACGCUGCGAUCCUCCUGACUCAUCUCUGAGGGGCCGUCUUUAGACGGCAGUACCUGCGCAUAACCGUAGUAGACUCCGGUUUUCGCCACGGUGCUCAUGACAGUAAUCGAUUCGUCUGGUAGAUUGGCUAUGUCGAGUCAGUUGAGAUGUCUCAGCAAGAGAUUGGGUCGUUUCGAACCAGUGGGGCAUCCCAACUCCUUCCCCCCACGACCGAAUCCUCGUUGCACGGGUCCCGACAGGAAGAUGGGAAACGGAGCUUCAGGUAGAUCCGGCCCUACGAUUUCAGGACGGGAAAGCCGAAACUCGGAGGUCUUCUGAGGCGCUUCAGGACGCUCAGCUAGCUGUGCUUGUUCGGCUGCGGUGGGCAUGGGAGUAGAAACAAAGUGGGAUGUGUGACAUGAUAAUGAGGCGAGUUAUGAUCAAGAUAAUCUGGUAGCGCUGACUCAUGACCUUGAUGCCAACAACGACCUAGUAGUAAGCGAAGCUGUGUCCCUUUCCGCUUCGACGACUCGCGAUGCAGAGUCAGCCUCCUCCACCCUCGUCAUACUACGCGUACCAGACGCCGGCUACGCCUGCUCCUGCUCCUGCGGGAUCCUACAAUCCAUAUGCUCAAUAUUCCACACAAAUUCCCGGCUAUUCACAGAGCUAUUUUGCGAGCUAUCAUCUCCCUCCUGCUCCGCCGCCGAAGCCUGCAACUCCCCCUCCCGCUGAUUUGCCUCCACCUCCCCCGGAUCUCACGUCUAUCACACCCGCGGUGGCUUCGGGCGUGGUCCAACGGCUGAUAGUAUCAGAAUUGAAGGCCGCAGGAUUCGCGAGCGCGCAGUCGAAGCCAGUGGAACUGCUGGAAAGAAAUGUGGUGGCUUUUAUCGAGCGUCUCUAUGAACGUGCACAUCAAUAUGCGAACCUUUCUAACCGCUCCUCCGCCAUCGUAACCGACCUCAUUCUCGCGUCUGACGAAUUCGGCCUUCCACCAGAGGAGCUCAGACCUUUACGGAAGAAACUUGACAGAAGGAAGAAGAAGGGAAAGGGUGCCUCCUCAAGAACUCUGAUGCUUUUCACACAUACCUGCGGACACCGGCAAGUCGCAUCACCGCCAAAACGAGCUGCCAUUCCUACACUGGAAAAGAAACUCGAAACUGCCGCAAGAGUCCAGACGUCAUUGAAAAACCUGAUGAUCGCCACGGAAGAUGCCCAAGGCCAAGAAGAUGGUGAAUUGUUGGGACACAUUGUCAACUGCGAAACCUACCUCCAUCCUCGAAAGCGAUGGAAACUGACACGCAAGCGCGCAAAGACUUCACACUCAGGAUAAUUCGGGAAGGGUUGCUACGAUGCUGUAUAUUGUUUGUUCUUAAUUCGCAUUGCUAUCGUCAGCCGCGGUGGACGUUUGGAAUCGGGAAGAACGUCUUCGCGGCAAGUUUUCGAACUUGGUCAUGCGAGCUUGAGCUUUUACUCCAGCUGCAGUCGGCUGAGCUGGGCCCCUUACAGCGGACUGCCGAGGUCGCUUGCUCGAUGGGCCCGAAUCGCUGUCCUCGGAGUCGGCUGCCUUGCGCUUCUUCGACGAAGCUGUGGGUUUCUGCGGCGGACGUCCUGUUUUUGCCUUCGGCGUGACAUCUCCGACUGGUUCUUGAGUUUCCUUGGCCGAAGCGACCUUCUUUGUGGGCUGGGCUCUCCUUGGUUGGGGACGAGCAGCUUGUGCAGCAACAUCACCUUGGAGGGUGCGGUCACGUGUAGACUGAGGAGCGGCUUGCACGGAUUCAGGGACCGGUGAGUUAGCUCCAGAACGAAGGACGCCUGAUUGAAUAAGUUCCUCGUAACGAAUACGACACUAACGCCAAUGAGUGAGUUAUUGAGAUGGAAGCAGUUGACACACCGUAUUUCCUGAUCUGCCGAUCAGACCAGACACCACUCUCCAUUUCUUGCCGACUUUUUCCACCGCCUCGGCGAGUUGUUCGUCAGCCUCGUCAUCCCAGCCUUCCAUUUCUUUGCCUUCGGUGGUUCCAUGCACCUGCCAUCGCUCGCGACAUUGUUCGUGCGUUCGGCCAGGCAUGGCGCUCGCAACCUCAGACCAGGACGGUCCAUACCCAGCUACCGCAGCCUGUAGCCGUGCGUCCUCUUGAGUUGUCCACGCUCCACGGCGAACCGAAGGGUCCAGAAAACGGGUGUAUCUGCCAGAGCAUUGCUGAGGCGUAAGAUCUGACGCAACAAAUUUGGCCACUGCUCAAAUUAGUCCAGGCUAGGAUGCAGAACAUAGUUCGACACACCAAGACUCCACGAUUGCCCGUAUUGGUUGACGGCAUCGAGGAUCUUGCGGUCAGAUUCCGUAGUCCACGAGUGUCUCGUCCGGCUCGCGCCGUGCCGCAUGCAAUCGAGAGGGAGACGGUUGGUCUAACGGAGUCAGUGCAAGCAAGACAUGGCGCAUAGAGAUUGAAUCUUACCCCUAGUUCGCGUGCGACGUCUACCCAAUUGAUCGGAGACCCUGCGGGGCGCUUUCCGAUGAUCGUUUGUAACGUCUGUGUUUCUUGCGAACUCCAUGGUUUUUGGUUGCAGUUCGCCUGCCAUUUGAUGCGGCAUUCCUCGGCAGAGCGUGCAUAUGAAGAGGCGUCAGAUACCUGUCCGAUGUCAUCCAUGCCAACUAGAUCGAACUCAGAAGAUCACACCUUCUCAGCUAUGACGGACCAGUUGAGUCUCUUCGGGAUGUCAGAGGUACUGGGGAGAGAUCUGGGUAUGAUCGCCGGUUUUCGAAGUCCA